AAGGUUAUGUGACUCCUCCCAGGAAGGUUACGGACUCCUCCCAGGAUUCCAGUUUCUACAGGAGUACAGGAUGAAAUGUUCCAGGCUUAUCACACACAGCAGGCUAAUGCUAAUAUCAUUACAGGAAGUAGAAAUGUAAAACACAUCUUUGUUAAAGGGGCUGAAAGCAGCAGUAUUAACUUGUGUGGAUUGCUGAAAGAAAAAGGUAAAGACGCGAUUUGCUCUGACAAAGUGGCAGCCUGCUCGGUCUAAUGACAUUUUAAGAAGUUCAUGUGAAUAUCCCAUUGAGCCUAAUGAGGGAUACAGCCUUUCCCCCUGAAGCUAAAGUCCCGUCUCUGUGGGAACCGACUGAUAGCAGGUAGACUUUGCCCUGAAGGGAAACCAGCGCUACAGGAAGAGCAGCACAGCCGACUCCUGGCCGUCACAGCAGAGUUGAUGAAAACGUCUGCUACCUCCUGGUGGAAUGGAGCAGACUAACGGCAGCAGCAAAGCUGGUUAUGGACCUAACCCACCUCCGUACAACACUCAGGACUACGGCCAGAGCUCUUACACGGGGGUGGGGAAGGGGAACGUCACAGUGGUGUCCCCUCCUGGCUCCUAUGAGAACGCGGUCCACCCUGAGGACGCGGCAGCAGCUGGAGGCGACCAGCAGCAGGACGGUCCGGCUCCACCCGACUACUGCCGCGGCCUAGAGGACAGCAGCUUCAGCGACGCUGCCGUACGGAGAGGUUUCAUAAGGAAAGUCUACCUGACCUUGAUGAUUCAGCUGCUGCUGACUGUCGGGAUCAUCUGUGCUUUCAUCUACUGGGACGCUCUCAGGACAUGGACAUUGGACAAUAACUGGUUCUCCUUUGCCAUGAUGGCGGUGGUGAUGGUGUUCAUCGUGGCCUUGUCCUGCUGUGACAACCUCCGUCGUCGAGUCCCUCUCAAUUUCAUCGCCCUGGGCCUGUUUACCGUCGCGGAGGGCCUGAUGCUCGGCUCUGUGGCAGCCUACUUUGAUGCAGAAGCAGUUCUGUGGGCCGUGGGGGCGACGGCGCUGGUGUCCUUCGCCUUGACUCUGUUUGCUAUGCAGUCAAAGUGGGACUUCACCGGAUUAAACGGGAGCCUGUGGGUGUUUGCCUGGACCCUCUUUUCGUUUGCAUUGCUUUGUGCAAUCCUCCGGUCGCAGUAUCUCUACAUCCUCUACGCCUGCCUGGGAACCUUCCUGUUUUCUUUAUACCUGGUGUUUGAUACGCAGCUAAUCCUCGGUGGGAAACACAGGAAGUACCAGGUCUCUCCUGAGGAGUACGUGUUCGCCGCUCUCAACCUCUAUCUGGACAUCGUCUCCCUGUUCCUGCUCCUGCUGCAGCUCAUCGGCCUCUGUCGCUGACGCUGAACCUGUGUGACAGUAACACUGAACCUCUUCUCUCCUCUGGAGUACAUCACGUCUCUACAUCCAUUCACCACCCUCCGUCUGUCCUCCAGACAUCUGCUGUCACAUCUAAACAGGCAGGGAUGUCUGUCAUGUGUCCAGGAUGCACAUCUGCUUUAUUGUCACAUGUCGGGUUGAUGUUGUUUUACGCUGUGGAGCAAAAUGGUCCUUUUCAAAUGGUUUUAUUUCUACCUAGAAAUGUGCUUCUUAUUUGUUUUUAUGAAUCUGGUGAUUGAGCUUUAGAGGGGUAGUUUUAGUGUUUUGAGGUACUUAUCGUUAGUAGGUGUGUUACUUGUUGUGACCACAGACGGGAGCAGCGACCGGUGUUACACUGAAACCUGUGACCUGCAGAGGAGCAACACAAGGUCACAUUUCAGAACAUGUCACCUAUCUUCUGCUUUUCUUUUAGAGUUUUGUGAAUAUAUCUUUAAAGUGAAAAUACAAACAUUAUUUUAAAUAUCUAACAAUUUAGUUUUGUGUAUUUUCUGUCGCGUAUUUAUGACGGAUGACUCAGGUAACAGUGGGGUCAGAGACGGUGACCGCAUACAGUAUGCUGCUGGCUCCUCUGUCGGUCACAGAUUUCAACGGUCACAGGUUUUGGUGCAACACCGACACCGGAGCAAAGCAACACCGACACCGGAGCAAAGCAACACACUGCUGUGGACGAGGACGGCAGAAAAACGUACUUUAGACACCUAAAAGAACGCCGUCUAUUUAAGUGUUCUCUAUAUUUAUAAUAUUUUCUGAGGUGAACUGAACUGGAAGUGAAAGGUAUCUCUACUUUCUGUUUCUGUCCUCGGAGCCUGCCGGCUCUGAACAGAGGGAGUUAAGAUAAGUUUGACUUUCAGUUCCCCGUCAGAAAGGAGAAGUUCACGUCCGUCUGACGGAGAUAAAGCCGUGAUGAUAUUCUAAAUAUAGCGAACGCUGAAACAGAUAUACAUGUUUUUAGGUGUGUCUUUCUUUUAGGUGACUAAAAUACAUCUUUCCAGCUGGCUAGAUUAGUUUUCUGUUCUAUCAACAGAUUGUUAUCAAUGAUUAUCUAUAUAGCCACUAACUAGCCUGAUAGUUAUCUAGCAGCAGAUUGCUAACUAUAAAUAGCUACGGCUAGUUGCUAACUAUUUGACGCCAAAAAUCAAAAGCUGUUCUUCCGUCUCCGUCCACAGCGCUGUGUUGCUUUGCUCCGGUGUCGGUGCUCCCGUUUGGUUAGUUUCAGUCAGUACUGUAAUCCACCAUACUAUCACAAGUCAAAGUAGUGGAGCAUCCUGUAAUCUGUAUAUAAUAUAAUGAUAUGUAAUAUAGAUAACGCCACAUCCGUCUGCUGGUUGUUCUGUAGUUUCAUCUUAAAGUUGCUUUUGGAGACCUCCAUUAAAAGGACAGAAUCUGUGGGUGUUAGUUCUCCAUAGAUCCAGCUGGCUGCUCUGUGAUUUCUCUCUCUAUGAAAUAUGUUUUUCCAGAAUGCAGGUGAGCAAUAAUAAAACAGAAAUUAAAACUCAA